AUGUUAUUAUUUAAAAAGGUUAAUUCAAAGGUGUUAAGCAUAAACAACUAUUUGCAGAAGUAUUUAGAGUCCAAUCAGUUUGAAAAAAACCUCAAAGAAGCUUUAAACAAUAAAAAUUAUGGCGUAUCGAAUAGCCUUCUAUAUGCCCUAUCCAUCUCAACGUACGAUUCGAAUUACUAUAAGAGGGUCCUGAGCGAGGUUUUCAAGGCCAUCCAGGAGAAGCCGUCAAAAUGGAGAAGAAUAUAUAAGGGCUUAAGACUGUGCGAGUACGUAAUGAAGAACGGGUGCGAGUACUUCAUCAGCGAUGUGAAGGACAAGGAGGAACUCAUUAAAAAGCUUACGCACUUUACCUACUUAGAAGAUCUAAAGGAUAAGGGAGUAUGCAUAAGAGAAAUUUCAAACAACAUUUUAACAUUGUUAAGGGACAACAAACAUUUGAGGAAUGAAAGAAUAGAAGCUGCGAAAUAUGCAAACAUUUGCACGAAUAUAGAAUCCAAGCCAGUUGAAAAAAAAGGAUUUUUUUCAGGUCGGAAAAAGAAAACAAAAAAUAAAGGGAAAAAAAUCCUGGAGAACAACAAAAGAAAUUAUAUGGACAACAGAAAUACAAGAAAUGAACAAGAGAAAAGUAUAUUCGAUCAGAUAGAGGAAGAGAGGAAUAUGCUAAACAAAUAUACAAGCAAUAAUUACGACACAAAUGAUAUGACACACAGGUCGGAUGAUGUAAGGAGAGGUGGGGGACAUCAUUCUUCCAGUGAGUCCUCAUCCGACUCAGACUCCUCUGACGACAGUAGUGGGAGUAGCGGAAGCAGUAGUAGCAGUGGACGUGACAGCGAUGGGAGUAGAAGUAGAAGCAGUGGCUACAUGUCAGGGCAUAAAUCAAACAGAAGGAAAUCAGGUAGAGGAAGAAAGCAUAGAAAUGCAUCUUCACAUUCUUCAAAAUAUUCUGGUUCUUCUUCAGCAUCUCAUGAUGCUUCCAGAUCUUCAAAUAUGUCUCGUUCCAAGUCAGCCCGUUCAUCAUCGCAUGCGUCAUCACGAAGUUCCUCGCGUAACUCUUCCGCCUCGUCCUCUGCGUCGAGAUCAUCAUCGCGAUCUUCCCGCUACUCCUCCGCGUCAAGUCAGUCCAGUUACUCUUCGAAGAAGAAAUCCCACGCACGAGAUAAGAGUCGGAAGAGCAGGGGCUCAAGAAGGAACAAGUCAGGGCGCUCCAGAUGA